UGCUGUCGUGUGUGUGCGACUGUGCGGAUGUGUGGUCAUGUAACAGAGCUAGUGUGGCUCACGUGUGGAUUGAAAAGUCUUUUUAAGGUCAGUCCCAACCUGGUGGCCUCUUCUUUCGGCGAGACUCCUGAGAAGAACCAAUAAUGGUCUUCCUGACCUUGUCCAGAUGGAUUAGAAGCCGUGGACCUGACCGAUACUGGAAGGUUCAAGAACUUCUCAAGCAUGCACGGCACUUCAGAGGCAGAAAGAAUCGCUGUUACAGUCUGGCCGUACGGGCUGUCAGGAGGGCGUUUGUCUACGCGACCAAAGGACGCAGGCUGAAGAAACGCAAUUUUAGAUCGCUUUGGAUCACACGCAUUGCUGCAGCCUCCCGAGAGCACGGCAUGAAAUAUCCUGUUUUCAUGAACAACCUAACAAAGAGUAGCGUUCAGCUCAACCGACGGGUUAUCAGCGACUUGGCCAUAACGGAACCUCGGUCAUUCCUCUCCCUUGCAAAGCUGGCCAGGGCUCGGCAGCAAGAAGGCUUCGUUGCAGCGCUGGGUGAUGGCAAAGAACCUCCCGGUAUUUUCUCCCGUGUUGUUGUGCAACAAUGAUGGAUGUUAUUGGCUUCCGUAUGUGGAAAUGGUGAUUAAAAGUGUUCGUACUAUUUAGUUUAGUUUUUUUUUUUCUUCUUCUAAAUUUGUUCUACAGAACAAACAAGCAAUUGAAUCAUUCAAUAAUGGAGGGGUGUGACUGGAAAAUGACAGGACAGAGUAAUUUUUUAAACUAUUCGGCCUCCACACCAAAAUAAUUAUGUGGAGAACAAUUAAUUUUCAAAAUAUUGUGUCCACAAGCAAUUUUGCAAAUACAAAAAUUCAAGAAUUACUUUCAGUAGUGUUGACCAGAAAUGUUUGGUCAUCAUUUGUUUCCUUUGUGUAUAUAUUUAUUUCUGAUUGUGUGAUUGUUUUUGGAAUGCUUAGUUAUUAUUAAACAUUUUUAUCUACAGUACAUGCUG